UACCACUAUCUUCAAUACCUGUUCUUGCCAGAUUUCAGAAGGCUCCUUAUAGCGAUGAGAAGGCAACUUGGGGAGGCAGAACUGACUAAGGAAGCUAUGGCUUUAGCCUCCUCACAACAAAAUGAGCUCCCAUUGAAUGAGAAUGACUCACAAGACAUGGUCAUAUACCAUGUCCUAAAUGAAGCCACUUCUCUCACCCCCUCACUAUUGCCACAGAGGCACCACAUCCAUCGUCAACCAAAUCGCCUGGAACCCACCAAGAACGUCGGAAAAAAGCACUAUAGAGGCGUGAGGAGGCGUCCGUGGGGCAAGUACGCAGCUGAAAUCCGUGACUCUGCAAGACAAGGUGCGCGUGUAUGGCUAGGAACAUUUAACACAGCCGAAGAAGCUGCCUUGGCAUAUGAUCGAGCAGCUUUUCGAAUGCGCGGUACUAAGGCCAUGCUUAAUUUCCCAGCUGAAAUUGUGGCUGCAUCAUCUCCACCAACAUCAUCAGUUCAUAGAUUCAGGCCAAGUUUUAAUAUACCUUGCAGCUUAAAUAGUAAAAACAGUACUACUACUUCAGACUCAAGUGGAAGUUCAAGUAUGCUUUCAGUUGGGACGCCAAGAUCAGAAUCUGAGAGUAAAUUAAGUGCGGUGGAGGUACAAAAUAUGGAGGGUCAGAUUUUCUAGAAAUGUUCUUUUUAUUUUUAUUUUUUUAGUUAUAAACUUCGGGUUACUAAACAUUAGGACAUUAAGUUUCAUUUUAUAGAAAGCAGAGUUAUUAGAUGCGUGUGGGAAAGUUUGUAAUUUUUCUUUCAUUGUCUAGUUAUUCUCUUUUGCCUUGCCAACACAAACGAUAACAAUAUAAUUCACAGCCAAAGAAAUAAAAAAGGGUAUACAAAUGUACUGCAAGAAGUGAAUUUUAUUGGUUUUGUAAUAUAUAUGAUUGAAUGAGUUGGAGCUUAUUUUGUAUAGAUACA